AUGGAGCAUAUGAUCUGAGUGAUGAGAUGCGAAUCUAUCUGUUAGACAAGAAUUUCUACAAGAUCCGUGACAUGAACCUGGAAGAGGGCAAUGAUCUGUACGAGCGAUGUCUAAGAGAAUUCAAACAUGUGAGCACUGGCCGAUCUCGAGACAGGAGAAACUACUACUUUCUUGUGAGAAUCAUGUCCGAACUCUCCAAGACCAAAGACUGUCAGCUCUCUGACAAGGCCAGAUACCAGAUCGGAGUGUGGUACCACUCAGAACAUGUUCCAUUUGCCGAAACAAAAGUGGUUUGUAGAAUCUUUCAAGACAUGGCUGAUGAUGAAUCAUCCAUGUACCGAUUAAAAGCCGCAGAAGCAUAUGCCAACAUCAUGUUUAGAUCCGAUGCAAGAUCUGUGAUCAAGUAUCUAAAGAUCGCAUUAGAACUAAACAAACCUGCGAUUUACUACGCAUUAGGUAUCGCUUACAAAGAGAUAGACCAGUUGGAUGAGGGAAAACCAUACAUCAGACAGGCUGCCAAGAUGGGCAUCAAAGUAGCACAAGAAAAAUGUAAAGAAUUAAAGAUAGAUUACUGA